ACGCAGGAGAAAACCUGGGUGGCAUUUCUCCUGUAGUUGGAUUUGUUGUCGUUUGCCAGAAGGAUGGUGCUGGACAAGGAGGAGAGUGUGUCUCUCGUGUCCCUCCAAUCCAGAGAGAAGCCGAGAGGCUGCGCUGGCUGCAACGGGAAGAUCAGGGACCGCUUCAUGCUGCAGGCGUUGGACAGGUACUGGCAUGAGGACUGUCUGAAGUGUGCCUGCUGUGACUGCCGCCUGGGCCGCGUGGGCUCCACCCUCUACACCCGGGCCAACCUCAUCCUCUGCCGCAGGGACUACCUGAGGCUCUUUGGGGUGACGGGGAACUGUGCAGCCUGCAGUAAGCUGAUCCCUGCCUUUGAGAUGGUGAUGAGAGCCAGAGACAACGUCUACCAUUUAGACUGCUUCGCCUGUCAGCUCUGCCGCCAGAGAUUUUGCGUGGGAGACAAGUUUUUCCUCAAGAACAACAUGAUCCUGUGCCAGCUGGACUAUGAAGGAGGUCAUCUUAACGGCAGCACUGAGAGGCAGCCUCAAUAAGAGAUGAGGAACAGGACGACUGUGAGCCAGUUGGACUAUGAAAGAAGUAGCUCACAGAAGCACAGUCCUCAUCAGCUUCCUGUUUCAGACUGAACCAGCAUGUGUGGAAAAAACAACACGGAUGGGACACAUUUCCAGCAGCCUGUGUUUGAACUCUUUAACAUGGAGCUGCUCGGUUAAAUUAUAUUUCUGAUCAGUUGGACUAGAGGUCCACCAGGACGGACUGAAACGACAAGGAGGACGUUGUCUAAGGGACAGAGCACUUAAUGUGGACUGUGAUGAAACAUAGAGCAACUAGUGUUUGCAAAUAAUCCGUAGAGUCUGUUCACCAAACUUGAAACAGUAGAUGGAUGGAGUGAAGCCAGUCAGGCCACAAAAAUCAUCAACCGAGUCAUCCAUCACAGACAAAAAUACUAAGUUGUCUUUUUAACCUUCCCUGUGAUCGUCAAAUCGCUCUGGCAGUCGCUGAGCUGUCUUUGUGGUGAACUCCACCCACCUGGCAUGCAGGAAGCCCUAAAACAAACUGACACAUCUUUUCAAAUAUUAUUUGGUUCAGUUCAACAACUGUGGAGGAUCAACUUGAUCUCUUCGUCUCUGAAGACAGAACGGAACAGCGUUGGACUUCAAGCCGGCUGUUGUUGUGUUUUUACUCUGAUACCAAGCUGUUUUUUUUUCUUGAAUGAAUAAACUGAAUGUUA